AAGUAUAUUAAGGAGUCUUCUGUAGAAUCUCUUUGUAUUAUCGAUAGCACUAUUGAAUUUCUUGAUAAACAAGGAGACCAGGUUCCUAUUAAUUUAGUACUAGAAAUUAAUGAUGAUUUAUUGGAAACUCGUAUGCCUCUAGUUAUUGAGGAUCUUCAUCGAAUCAGUGACCCUGCAAAAGAACUCUGUAAGAUUGAAGGUACAAGUUGGAACCAACAAAUGGAUUAUCUUUGUAUUCAAAUCCAACUCUGUCGAUUAGAUCGUACUAUCUUGCUUCAGCAUUAUUAUCAGUUGGGAGAAAGAUUAGCGAUAUAUAAUUGGAGUGAAGAAGUUAAGAGAGAAAUGAAGGAUCGAUUUACCUAUUGA